AUGCUCGUCGGCCGGUCGUUCGCGGUCGCGGGUCCGUCGCUGCGCCGCGCGUCGGCGGUGCGGGGCCUCGCGUCCCUCGAGGACGCCGUCGAGGCGCUGCUGGGCACCUACGGCGUCGCCGGCGUGUCCGCGGCGGUGCUGGCCCCGGACGGGUCCGGCGGCGCGGUCGUGCGGCCCGUCGUCGGCGGCCUCGCGAGCCGCGCGCGGCGGGAGCCCGUCGCGCCGGGCACGCUCUUCCAGAUCGCGUCGCUGUCGAAGCCCGUCGCCACGGCGUUCGCGAUCGACUUCUUCGAGGCGCGCGGCGCCUGCUUCGAGACGGCCACGGUCAACGGCCUCCUCGCGGCCUGCGGCUCGCCCUUCCGGCUCCGGAGCGCGGCCGGCGCGCCGCGGGCGUGGGCGGAGGCGGUGACGCUCGCGCAGCUCGUCGACCACUCCGCGCUCGGCAUGCACUACGUGCCCGGCGUCCCGCGGUCGGCGCCGUUCCCCGACGCCCUGGCCCUCGUGUCCGGGUCCGACGCGGCGCCGGCGCCCCACGGCUACGCGAGCCUCGACGUCGACCGCGCGCCGGGGACGCGGUUCGCGUACAGCGGCGGCGGCUUCCUCGUGCUCCAGCACCUGCUCGAGGCGGCGUCCGGCGCGCCCGCGGCCGAAUCGCUCGACGGCUGGCUCGCGGCCGGCGGCGGCGCCGUCGACGUGACCUUCCGCCACGAGCCGCCCGCGGCCGCCGCCGCGAGCCUGCCCCUGGGCUUCACGGCCUUCUCGCUCGCGAACAAGUCGUCCUGGCUCGCGUACGGCCUCCUCGUCCUCGACGACCCCUACAUCUGGGCGCCCAACGUCCUCGGCCUCGGCUCCGCGGCGACGCAGCUCCUCCUCAUCCUCCGCUUCGGCCGGACGCCCAAAAGCAACCGCUAG